AUGAGGACGGCUGAAACUCGUUGUACUGCAGCCGGUUGGCUUUUAUGCGAUAUUCAUGUUGACGCAGUCCAACGGACUUCCUCCUUCGUUUCGGGUGAAAACGUGCUGAGCUUUGGUUCAUCGAUCAACGAAUCUCUUCUUCAUGCACUUUCCUACGAAAUGAAGGUCCCCCUAACAAUAGGCGACUGGAAUGGAUUCGUAAUUGGGCUUCAUCGGAAGCUGACAGUGGAUUCCAUCGAUGCUGUGACUGUACAAUUGGCGACUAAGUUCUCGGCGAGCUUUUGUCCGUCAUGUAACGGACAUCGUCAGGAUAGAAUAUAA